CUUUUUGUUUCUUUGCUGCACUUUUAUCUUUGUUGGUGGUUUUCCUCUUUUGAUGACCCGUUUUUAUAAACAUCACAUACAUUUACCCCUGGGUGACAGGGACCAACACAGCUACAUACUUUGCAUUCUGUACAUGAAAAACAGCAGGUUAUCCAGAAGCUCUAGCUAAGAUCACUGAUGAAGGUGGCUGCACUAAACAACAGAUUUUCACUGUAGAUGGAAUAGCCCUCUAUUGGAAGAAGAUGCCAUGUAGGAUUUUCGUAGCUGGAGAGGUCAAUGCCUGGCCUCACAGCUUCAAAGGACAGGCUAAAUUUCUCAUUAGGGGCUAAUGCAGCUGGUGACUUUAAAUUGGCAUGGUAACCAGUUGCCAACAGACUUUGAGAGAAGUGACCUGCUUGGUCACUGACCAUGGCACUCAUCUGUCAUUUGCAUGGUGAUCUGCAUGGCAGAAGUGCUAGCUGUGAAGUCUGCAGUUUCGGCGCUGACGGUGACUAUACAGGAGUACCUCGCUUUACUGUGCUUCACAGAUACCGUGUUUUUUACAAGCUUAAAGUGUAUGGCAACCUCACACAGAGCACGUCUCUCAGUGCCAUCUUCUCAGUAGCAUGGGUGCAUUUCAUGUAUCUGUGCCACAUUUUGGCAAUUCUUGUGAUAUUUUCAACUUCUUAUUAUAUGUUAUGGUGAUCUGUGACAGUGAUCUUUUUUAAAAUUCUUUUUAAUUUUAAUUUUUAAAAUGUUUAUUUCAAUAGGUUUUUUGGGGAACAGGUGGUUUUGGUUACAUGGAUAAGUUCUUUAGUGGUGAUUUCUGAAAUUUGGGUGCACCCAUCACCCGAGCAGUGUAUGCUGUACCCGAUAUUUAGUCUUUUAUCUCUUACCCUCCUCCCAACUUCCCUGCGAAGUCCCCAUAGUCCAUUAUAUCAUUCUUAUGCCUUUGCAUCUUCAUAGCUGAGCUCCCACUUAUAAGUGAGAACAUAUGAUACUUAGUUUUUCAUUCCUGAGAUACUCCACUUGGAACAAUAGCCUCCAUCCAAGUUGCUGCAAAAGACAUUAUUUCAUUCCUUUGUAUGAUUGAGUAGUAUUCCAUGGUGUGUAUAUCUACCACAUUUUCUUUAUCCCCUCAUUGGUCAGUGAGCACUUAGGUUGGCUCCAUAUCUUUGCAAUUGUGAAUUGUGCUGCUAUAAACAUGCAUGCAUAUGUGAUACAGUGAUCUUUGAUAUUACUAUUGUAGUUGUUUUGGGGCACCACAAACCAUACCCAUAUAAGACAGUGAACUUAGUGUUGUGUGUGUUCUGACUGCUCCACUAGCUGUUCCCUCACUUCUCUUCCUUUCCUUGGGCCCCUCUAAUUCUCCAAGACACAAGAAUAUUGAAAUUAGGACAAAUAAUAACCCUACCAUGGCCUCUAUGUGUUCAAGUGGUAGGAAGAGUUGCACAUCUCUCACUUUAAGUCAAAAGUUCAAGAUGAUUAAACUUAGUGAGGAAGGCAGGUUGAAAGCCUGGUAGUCUGAAAGCUAGGCCUCUCAUGCCAAACAGUUAGCCAAGUUAUGACUGCAAAGGAAAAGUUCUUGAAAGAAAUUAAAAGUGCUACUCCAGUGAACACACAAAUGAUAAGAAAGCAAAACAGCCUCAUUGUUGACAUGGAGAAAGUUUAAGUGGUCUGGAUAGAAGGUCAAACCAGCCACAACAUUCCCUUAAGACAAAGCCUAAUCCAGAGCAAGAUCCUAACUCACUUCAAUUCUAUGAAGGCUGAGAGAGGUGAGGAAGCUGCAGGAGAAAAGUUGGAAGCUAGCAGAGGUAGGUUCAUGAGGUUCCAUGAAAGAAAACAUCUACAUACCAUCAAAGUGCAGGGUAAAGCAGCAAGUGCUGGGGUAGAAGUUGCAGCAGGUUAUCCAGAAGCUCUAGCUAAGAUCACUGAUGAAGGUGGCUGCACUAAACAACAGAUUUUCAGUGUAGAUGGAAUAGCCCUCUAUUGGAAGGAGAUGCCAUGUAGGGUUUUCAUAGCUGGAGAGGUCAAUGCCUGGCCUCAAAGCUUCAAAGGACAGGCUAAAUUUCUCACUAGGGGCUAAUGCAGCUGGAGACUUUAAAUUGCAGCCAAUGCUCAUUUCCCAUUCCAAAAAUCCUAGGGUCCUAAAGAAUCAUGCUAAAUCUGUGCCGCCUGUGCUCUAGAAAUAGAACAACAAAACUGGAUGACAGCAGAUCUAAAAUAGAUCCAUAGAUGUAUUUUUAGCCCACUGUUGAGACCUACUGCUCAGGAAAAAAAAAGAUUCCUUUCAAAGUAUUACUGCUCAUUAAUAAUGCACCUGGUCACCAAGAGCUCUGAUAGAGACCUACAGAGAGGUUAAUGUUAUUUUCAUGCCUGCUAACACAACAUCCACUCUGUAGCCCAUGGAUUGAGAGCAAUUUUUACUUUUAAGUCUUAUUCUUUAAGAAAUAAAUUUCCUAAGGGUAUAGCUGCUAUAAAUAGUGAUCCGUCUGAUGGAUCUGGGCAAAGUAAAUUGAAAACCUUCUGAAAAGGAUUCCUCAUUCUAGAUGCCAUUAAGAACAUUCAUGACUCAUGAGAGAAGGUCAAAAUAUCAGCAUCGGCCAGGCACAGUGGCUCAUGCCUGUAAUUCCAGCACUUUAGGAAGCUGAGGCUGGAGGAUCACCUGAGCCCAGGAGUUCAAGACUAGCCUUUGGCAGCACAGGGAGACAUCAUCUGUACACAAAAUUUAAAACAAAAACAAAAACAGCCAGGUUUCAUGGUGUGCACCUGUGGUGCCAGCUGCUCAGGAGGCUGAAGUGGGAAGAUCAAUUAUGCCUAGGAGGUCGAGACUGGAGUCAGCCAUGAUCAUGCCACUGCACUCCAGCCUUGACAACAAAGCAAAACCCUGUCUCAAAGACAACAACAAAAACACAACAGGUAUUUGGAAGAAUUGGAUUCCACCCCUCCUGGAUGACUUUGAGGGAUUUAAGACUUCAGUGAAGAACUAACUGCAAAUAAGGUAGAAAUAGCAAGAGAACUAAAAUUAGAAGUGGAGCCUGAAGAUGUGACUGAAUUGCUGCAACCUCAUGAUCAAACUUGAGUGGAUAAGGAGUUGCUUCUUAUGGAUAAGCAAAGUAAGUGGUUUUCUGAGAUAAAAUCUACUCCUGGUGAAAAUGCUGUGAAUAUUGUUGAAAUGACAAAAAAGGAUUAGAAUAUUUCAUAAACUUAGUUGUUAAAGCAUUGGUAGAGCUUGAGAGGAUUGACUUCAAUUUUGAAAGAAGUUCUGCUGUGGAUCAAAUGCUAUCAAAUAGCAUUGCAUGUACAGAGAAAUCUUUUGUCAAAGGAAGAGUCAAUCAAUGAGGCACUCUUCAUUGUUUUCUUAUUUUAAGAAAUUGCCACAGCUACCCCAGCCUUCAGCAACCACCACUGUGAUCAUUCAGCAGCCAUCAACAUUGAGGCAAGACCCUCCACCAGCAAAAGAUUACAACACAAUGAAGGCUCAGGUGAUCAUUAGCAUUUUUUAGCAAUGAAGUAUCUUUGAUUUAAGGUAUGUACCUUUUUUAGACGUAAUGAUGUCACACGCUAGAGAGACUACAGUGUGGUGGAAAACUAACUUUUAUAUGCACUGGGAAGCCGAAAUUAUCUGUGUGACUCACUUUGUUGCAAUAUUCACUUUAUUUUGGCGGCCUGGAACUGAAUCUGCAGCAUCUCCGAGUAUGUCUGUGUUACAGUAACUGAAAUGUGAACCGUAUUGUUCAGAGGCAGGUGUUAUUUAACUAAAUCAUGGUAACUGAGAUGUUUUUGUAUCUGAACUGCGUAAAGUGGGGAUAGCCUCUCCGUGGUUAGAUCUAGAAUGGAAGAGGUAAUAUGUUUUUGUGGGAAUGGGGACCUAUGAUUUUAGCUAAAUCCCAGGAGUCAGCUUGGAGACUUUCUGCAUGUCAUGCAGCCUCCUGGGGCCUCAGUUUCUCUUCUGUACACGGCUGAAUAACCUUCACAAAGUCUCUUCUAGCUCUAAAACUAUUUGGUUCUAUGAUGUAGGAGUCCUUUAGAGAGAGUUCCAAAGAGAGUCAUAAAUAUGAUUAGAAAUCGUCUUUGAUAUAAUAGACUUUGGAGAGUUGGGGGGAAUGUUGGGAGGGGGUGAGGGGUAAAAGACUACAUAUUGGGUACAGUGUACACUGCUUGUGUGAUGGGUGCACUAAAAUCUCAGGAUUCAUGACUAUAGAACCCACCCAUGUGAUUAAAACCACUUGUACCCCAAAAGUAUUGAAAUAAAAAAAUCAUCUUUGAAAAUAUGAGGAAAGGCAAAGUCAGUUGGGUUGGCCUUCCUGGUGCAGAAUGACAGUGUCAACACCUGUUAAGUUUCCCAGCCAGGGCUGGUGAUGGACUGUCUGUCUCCACGGCAGAGUAUGGGAGCAGAGAGGCACUGCCUGGGCCAGAGGGAGAUACGGCUGAAAGCAUGGAGAGGAUUAAUGUGGCUGGGGUGAGGAGUGAGAGGGAAACUUCAAAAUAAAACAAAACAGGAAGAUAGUGGAGAUGGUGCUCAAGUGAUCUUUUUAUCUGCUUGGAAAAAAAUGGAAUUAAAUUCAGAUCUUCCAAAGAAAAGCUAAUACAUGUAAGUUAGGAAAACGGCAGUGAUUUCUGGGAGCAACAUUCUUCAAGCCUGGAUUAGUUCACCCAUAGAAGUCAUGGAACUCAUGUUCUCACACACAGGAUCUGUGAGGAGCGGCCCAAGUGCAGCCUGCAGAAGGAAGAGGAGAAAACUGCACCUGCUCAGAAGGCCUCCGUCCACUGAGCUUUAGAUCCUGUUUCUGAAAAGGGAAGGCAAAAUGUGCUCAAAAAGAAUCACACAGGGCCGGGCACAGUGGCUCACUCCUGUAAUCCCAGCACUUUGGGAGGCUGAGGCGGGCGGAUCAUGAGGUCAGGCGUUCAAGACCAGCCAUCUCUACUAAAAAUACAAAAAUUAGCCGGGCAUGGUCUCGCACACCUGUAAUCCCAGCUACUCAGGAGGCUGAGGCAGGAGAAUUGCUCAAAGCCGGGAGGAGGAGGUUGCAGUGAGCUGAGAUCGUGCCACUGCACUCCAGCCUGGGUGACAGAGUGAGACUCCAUCUCAAAAUAAAUAAAUAAUCACACAGGUUAUCAGUGUACUAUUAAUAGAAAAUGGGCAUAUUCUUCGAAAAUUAUGGGUAAAGAAAGGAAAUAUAUGACAUGAAUUCUGUAAUCUUUUUCUGAUAGGUAGAAAUUUCCCUCAAGGACUGACUUGAAUGGACAGGGAUGAGAAAGACAGUGAUUGUUUCUGGCCCCUCAGUCGGAAAGGCGAGGGCAUGGGUACAGGUGCCGGAACAGCCCCAGCAUUGGUUCUCCCUUGGGCGUGCUGGGCCAAGAAACGUUGGCUCUCAGGAAUAAAAAUCCCCGGACCUAAAACAAAGAGAAGACCUUGGCCUCCUCUCUGUUUGCUCAGCUUAAUGCCCCCAAAUCAGACUAUAUGAGGAAACACACAAGAAAUGUAUUUUUAACGUCACUGGCAUGGGGCAUGUUCUGGGGACCAGAAAGAUGUACAACAUCUGGGAUGUAUGUACCGUGACAGCUGAUGUAUGUAGUCGACAUUUCUUUAUGCAUAGAAAUUAAGUUUCUAACAAGGAGCGCUUGCGUUGCUCAGUUUAUCUAAAUCAGGUUGGAAGGCAAAAUAUUGUGUUUUGUUUUUAAAUGUAAUUUGCUUCCUGUUCCUUUUCAUGGUUGUGUCUCAUGCUGGGCCUACAGGGUAGAUAUAGGCUGAGUAAGAAAAUGUGGCCAUAUUUUAGCUACGCCAUUAUUUUAACCCCUCAGCCACACAUCUGCUGUGGCAUGAAGUACCUGACUGAAAUAAAUCUCCACCAGAGUCAUGAUAUAGGAAUGAUCUUCCUAAAACCCUACAUAACUAUAGUCACUCAGUCGUCUGUGGCCUCCUUUCCUUUGGGGACAACUUUGUAAGAAAAUAAUCUCAAAACAGGAACGUCCCUUGUGGUUUUGUGAGGUGCUCGCCAUGAGCUCCUGGAGUGGAAAAGGUUGUGUGCUUACAAUGUGGGUGUUGAGUUCUUUUCAAACCUUAAUGCUUUUGGACAUAUAUUAUGUUCCUAAUAGUUUUGCUGCUUUUGAUGUUCACAUUCUGGAUUCUUACUUCCUUAGAUUCAUUGAGUAAUUUUAUGUAGUUCAUAGUUCCUAGGUUAAAUGGACUUGAUCAAUUCUUCCUUGAGCUUUAGAGAACUAAUGACUACUGCAUUUAAUUUGAGAAAAUUAGAGAUUGAUUUUUCCAGGUAUUCUGCCUCCUCCCUCCUCUAACUCUAACUGCAUUUAUGUUUAACUUUAAAAUGUACACCUAUAUUUUUGGGAUAACUAGGUUCCGAUACUGUCCUGGGUAUUACUGGUCAAAUUCCAGUUGGCUGUAAUAUGUUGGGAUUUCACAUUUUGCUUGAAAAUAAAUUUGGCAGUGGAGAUUACUUGCACUGAAGAGUAAAUUUUUUUGGCUUAUUUUAUACGUUACCCUAUCCUGUCUUCUCUCAUUGCCUUUUGGACUUCAGAGACUGUCUCUGAAUUAUCAAAUGAUAGUGCAGUGGAUCAAGUUUGGCCACAGAUGCUAGUUGCUCAGCAGCAGUUCCUUUAAACGAAUAAGGGUCUAAGCUGCCCAGAGGGCCAGCACCAGAACAGGGUCUUGCACAUUACAUAAGCUCCAUAAAUGUGCACAGUCUGAUGAUCAUGUCAUCCAGCCUGCCCUACAUUGCAGUUUGCUUUGUUCUGGGUGGCACUUGCCCCGGGGUCACAGAGCUGCCCUGACAGGUGACAGAGCCUGGCCAGCCCUCACUGUAAUACACUCUGCACCCUUCCUGCCUCCAGGCUUACAGACAGCCUAGUAACGGUUUCUGUAAUCUGAGCUGUCUGCUGCUUCAGAACACAUUUGGAGAUCAGUAAGCAAGUCACAUUUUCCGUGUUACCACUGUGGGCUAAACACAAGAUGUUUUUGUGGGUGGGCAACUUUGUGUCUCCAUGGACAUUUUUUGGCCAUACUUAUAUAGUUAAGAAGUUAUUAAAUUACAUGUUUUUUUCCCUUCUUUUGUUAGGGAAAAUGCAAACUUCAGGAGCUUCAGAUCUUCUUCUUGGGGAUCCCGUGGGGAGCUGGAUCCUCAGAUAUUUAGGAGCGGACAGGUCCUCACAGGCUUCCACCUUCAUCGUCUUCAUCAGUCUCCGUUUAUUCGGAGCUGGAGUUCGCCCAAAUCAUCAUCAUCGUCGUGGUGGUCACGGUGAUGGUGGUGGUCAUCGUCUGCCUGCUGAACCACUACAAAGUCUCCACGCGGUCCUUCAUCAACCGCCCUAACCAGAGCCGGAGGCGGGAGGACGGGCUGCCGCAGGAAGGGUGCCUGUGGCCUUCAGACAGCGCCGCACCGCGGCUGGGCGCCUCGGAGAUCAUGCAUGCCCCGCGGUCCAGGGACAGGUUCACAGCGCCAUCCUUCAUCCAGAGGGAUCGCUUCAGCCGCUUCCAGCCCACCUACCCCUAUGUGCAGCACGAGAUUGAUCUUCCUCCCACCAUCUCCCUGUCCGACGGUGAAGAGCCACCUCCUUACCAGGGGCCCUGCACCCUGCAGCUCCGGGACCCUGAACAGCAGAUGGAACUCAACCGAGAGUCCGUGAGGGCCCCACCCAACCGAACCAUAUUUGACAGUGAUUUGAUAGACAUUGCUAUGUAUAGCGGGGGCCCAUGCCCACCCAGCAGCAACUCGGGCAUCAGUGCAAGCACCUGCAGCAGUAAUGGGAGGAUGGAGGGGCCGCCCCCCACAUACAGCGAGGUGAUGGGCCACCACCCAGGUGCCUCUUUCCUCCAUCACCAGCGCAGCAACACACACAGGGGCAGCAGACUGCAGUUUCAGCAGAACAAUGCAGAGAGCACAAUAGUACCCAUCAAAGGCAAAGAUAGGAAGCCUGGGAACCUGGUCUGAUUCCUUCCAACGUGCACUUCAGCUGGAGAAAGAAACCAAGAAGGGAAGCGGCCGCUGGGCCCCUCCUGCGCACAGUGUUGUUCAGUUUCACAUGGUACAAAUAAGUAAAACCAAAUGAGCAAACACGGUCUUUGUUUCUGAUUCCUUUUAGGGGAAUUGCAUGCAAACUAGACUGAAAUGAUACAAACUUCCAUCUGGUCUGACCGCAAACAGUGUUUAUUUGGGGACAGGGGUUGGGAUGGGGGUGUGGGCAGGGGAAAACAGAGAACGGGAUGCUUUGAAGAUAUCAUGAAAUAAAACCCACAGAGGUAUUUGAUUUAUUUAAUUGUGAAAGGAGACUUUGCAGAUAAAUGAGGCCAGAAUGGCGUGUUUUAUAAUUAACUGAAUAAAGAAGGAAGCAUUAUUAUAUAUUAUUGUGGAGAAGAACCAGCCAGUUCGCUUUUUCUCCUAAGGUGUGGAACUUUUAUUUUGUUUUAAAAAUAUGAAUCAAAAUUCCUGUGUUGUGUGCCAAGGUAUAAAGUGGAGAAGUUAGAUGAGUGCAAGGAGCUCCUUUGUGUUGUGAUGAUGUGUUUUAAAAGUUGCACUAUCUUAAUGUUGAAAAUAUUUACAAGGGAACUGUUUUACGUGAAGUUCUGUAUGUUGUCUUUUCACCUGUGGAUUGUAAUCAGGCCCAAGGAAUAUCCUGGAGUGGUCCCCAGAAGCAUCCAAGAAAAGAUAUUUGGGGACGUAGCCUAACAUUUUACCAACUUAUGUAAAUCAAAAAAGUCAUUGUUGCAGGAGUUUGCAUCAAAUAGCAGUGCAUCGCUGAAGCUUUUGGAGACUUUUGGAUGGAAGAUAAGAUAGGGAAGAUUAAGUUCCAGCGUUUCUGACUUGUUAUUUUGAGUUACUCUGCUAAUCUUAGGCUGCAUAGUUUAUGAGAAAAUGAACACAUGCAUUUAUGGAUCCAGUAUCAUGCAGUGCUGCCUUCAUCCUCCAGCAGUGCAAUUUCUUCAGUAAUUUAGAUUUUUUUCAUUAUAGCAUGAAAUAUAUUCAAAUACAUACCUUAUUUUAUGCAAUAAAUUGUUUAAAAUGCAAGGUGGUUAUUCUGCAUACUGUUGAAAUAUGUGACUCCUCAGUAUAUUCCCAUUGCCUCUCCCCGUUCCUCGACAGCUUAGUUCAGUUCUGCAGGGCUGCUCAGUUCACAGGAGGCUCCCAGCAGCCACCCCACAUCCAGCCUACCCAGAACUUCGUGUGGGAGUGGUGUGGGUGGUGGUUUCUUAUGCUUUGGAAGCCCCUAGAAAAGACGGAAGAAUGCCAUGUUGCUGAUCGUGGUAAUAAGCCAUUGUGGGUUAUUGUAUGUCACUAGUAUUAGCAUAGCACUCUUAAAGGAAUGCAGUGCUCAAAACCUACCCAAAUUCCCGCAGGAUUCUACCAAACCCUUCCCCAGGCCAGCUUUUGUACUGAAGGCAAGAACUGGACAGUCAGAGAACAGUGGAGGGGGCAAGUGACUGAAGAGCACCUGGUAAAAAGCACAACAUGCAGUUAAAAUGCAACUAGAAAACUAAUUUUAAAUAUUGUUAGUUUUAAUAUUCCUGAUAUUUACAAAUAUUCAUUCUUAUAUACAAUGAAAAAAAAUAACUUUCUUCUGCAGAUGUAAGCACCGGCUUUUAUAAGAGCAGCAGCCAACACGUUUAGCAGACACUGCGCGUGGAGAAGGGCUUAUCUGCAGUACAGUCUGCCAUGUGGAGGGUGGGCCUCUGUGGCCUCUUCACAUAACAAGAUGAGCUGGAAUGAUGAUUCCAUGACUCCCAUCUAUGCAGCUUUAAAGCCAAAUCCGCGUGUGUGUGUUUGUGUCUGUCUGUGGGUCUCGAAGGUGAUCCGUCGGUGCGGUGGCUCUGUGCUGUAACUGGAGAGACUGUUCCAAACCCCAAGAGUUGUCUGAUCCUAGUCUGUUCCCUUCUGCUUCUUACCUCUGUAGAUAGGUCACUGGUUUUUGUUUGUUUGUUUUGAGGAUUGGAAUUUCCAUUACAUUCAUCCUUUGCACACAGUAACAUCCACAGAACUAGUCCAACUCUUAAAAGGAGAGAGGAAAAACACAGGCACCAGUUGUCAGCUCAUGCUUACAACCCUUUGUGGAAGUAUACACAGUUGAGAGUCACAGUGGAGGUUCUGAGACUGGAUUCAGUCUUGUUCCAGUGACACUUGGAAGCCCUCUGCUGGAGAGAAACCAGCUCUCAGGGCAGAGAUUGGCUUGGGGCCAGAAGGACCCUCCCCAACCCUGGAGACACCCUGAAGGUUCACUGGCUCUCCAGAUUAGCCUCUCUUCCUCUGUCAGGCAAAGAUGAGGAGCCCGUGUUCCCAUCGGGCCCUGCUGGCAGGGACUUGCAGUGGAUUCUUGGUCAGGUGUGCCCACAGAUGCGGAGGCAAGGUGAGUGAUUCCAUCAUUUCAGUUCUCACCUGCAGUUUUGGUGAAGCAGGAGAUGCACCCCACAGCUCUAGCUCUCAAAUGGCUUCACAGUCCUUACUUCUCUACUUGCCUCAGGAAGGGGCUCAGAGCAGAGACUUGUGAAUUCCUUAGUAACUGUGAGUAUAUGAAUGUUUUGCACAUGUCCACAGUAUUGGCGAGAUAAUUACAUAAUUCAGAUACCUUUAAUCAUCUUUCAAGACAGAGGCUCCUCCCAUUCAACCACCCUAGAGAAUUGCCUUUGUUAAAUAGUUAUUUAAAGACACAUACAUAUCAAACCAUGACUUUGAAAGGUCUUCGAGGCUGGGGCUCUGUAAUGAAUUAGUUUAAAAGCCAAGGUCAUAACAUGAAUUGAUGGUCAAUUUCCCUUCAGCAGAAGGAAAAGGUGAUUUAGAUCAGUAGCUCUUUUGAAGGUUGUGGCUGACCUGUUCAUACCGUGUCACCUCAUGGCUAGCGUGGCGUUGAAAGAGUAGCGAUUGGGAAGAUACAGCUUACACAGUGGGGCCUAUUGUUCUUUCAAGAACGCUUUUUUUAGCUUAUAGAACCCAUGGGUCCAGUUUAGUAACCAGUGAUUUGGGCAAUCAAUGAUUGAUAGGUUUAUAAUCUUAGAUUAUUCCAGCAAAGUGUGGAUUGCAUUGUUAGGAAGAACAUUUGGUGGGAAUGAACACUCCUGGGCAUACCGCUGACUUUUGUCCCUUGUUCCCGGUGUAGGAGACCCAAGGCAUCUUGAAUCUCAUCUAUAAGAACACAAUCUUCCAGCAUACAUUUGCUUUUUCAGAAACUCUAGCAUUCUCUUUAAAUACUGAUGCAAUCCUUAAUGGAAAAGAGAUUUCAUGAAGCAAAUUAUGUAUUUCAAGUUCAUCUAUUUUUGGUGUCCAAAAUUUACUAAUACAGAAGCUUGACAAGCAUGUCCUCACCUCCCCCCCCCAACACGUAAACACAUGGACACACACCCAAACCACAAGAAAUCCCAAGAGAGCAGAAGAGAAUUUUUAAAAGAUUUAUCGUGAGGACUGCAUUUCCAUUCACUAAUUUUGGCUCAAACUUAUGAGGCAGGAAAUAGGGGCCAACAGUAAAUGGGGGAGGCCUCCUGACACCAGCAGAGGAAUUUUGUACCCAGGCGAGGACUUCUUGAACUUCUACGUAUCUCCGUUUGAUCUCUUUCACCUUUAUUUCAUCUUCAUAAGAAUGAGAAAGGCUCAAAAGGAAGCACUUUUAGAAAUCUUCUCUGACCUAGAAGAAUCCAUCCAAAUCCCUGCCUUCCUCUCUGAACCAACAGUUCCCUUCUCUGACAGGGGCCAUCCUCUAUCUUCCAUCCAGUGGCUCUUCUUUUUAGGAAGGCUCUGGUGCAGAGCACUUCAAAUAUGUCUUCAGGCCAGAUACUGAUUGCUAGUACAGAGACACACAGCACCCAGUCCCAAGCCCUCCCUCAAAGGACUGGCUCAUGGCGUUGGUCACUGGCAGGUUCAGAGACAUUCUGCUGUGGGCGCAGGGAGCCCGGCCCCCCAUGCAGCCAUGACUGGAUGCGCCCCCAUCUCGGGGGCUUGCUGCACUGCUUGUUUAUUGAAUUUUGCUACUUAGAAUGGCAACAUUAACUUUGUGUACCAUUCAUUUUUUUAAAAUUUUCCAAAGCUCAGCAGUGUAUGAAAGAAAAAACUGGGAAAGAUACUUGGUUUCUGUUAACUUUUGUGUUGCUUGCUUAAGUGAUUAGAGCCAGUGCUUGGAGCCAAGCCUUCAUGCCACGAACAUGCCCCACAGCCUGCCCUUUGCUCUCCUGCUCACACUGACCAAGAAUGCCGCGUGCUUGGCCUACUGAGGUGAAAGGACAAUUGAAUGACAGGUGGGCAAAGGGAGAACUUCCCCUUCUUGGUGCGAGGAAAGUCACAAAUUUAAAAAUGUUGCUUCCAGCCCAGAUCCUAAAUGCUAGUUCUCAGCAGCUGCGUGGCUUACCGUUCACCAUUUCCACCACCGCCAGCUGCCAGCACCUCCACAGAUCACAGAGAUGUGAACAGACAAUGGAAAGCACUCUUAGCCUCGCAGUGGUCUACAUUUUUUAGGAACCAAGAUUUCAGCAUUCUUUAUUACCCAGCACGCUGUGUCCUUUGCAGAGUUUUUAUGUUACUGCCAGGGUCAGACAGUCAUUUGCUGCUGCUGCUGCUGCUGCUGCUUCCCGAACUGGAUGUAUUAGGAAGCUGCUGUCUGAGUGUAGGAAUGUCUUGCUAAGAAAGCAAUGUCUUCCUUCAUCCUUUUCUUUCUUCCCUCUGCUUGUCCUUGUUUUUGUGUAAUGCGGGAGAGGGUUAGAGCUAUAGAGAUUAUAUAUACACUAUCCGUGCACAUUAUAUAUAUGUAGAUAUACCCCUAUCAUGUCAGAGAUCUGCAUGUCAGUUUUUCAGCAACUAAGGUGCCUCAUGUUCUGAGUUCAGCAGAUAUAGGAACCAAGCCGCCCCCUCCUGCACUUGAUGCUCCCACCUUUGUUGUGCCUCACUUAAAAUGGUGCUUUUUUCAGUUGUCUGUCUUUUCUUAUGUUUUUAUGUGUAAGGUGCUGUAUAUAAGUUGAAUAUAUUAUGCACAUAUCCUACCCAAUGGGUAGAACAAAAAGUUGUUAAUACUGUAAUAUAGUGUAUAGAUGAUACCAAUUUUAACAGAAAUGGCAUAGAAUUUGUGAAUGCCUAUGUGCUUUGUCCUCUUUUGUAAGGAAAUUUGCAAAUGGAUGCAUACAGAUUAAAGUCUAUGUAGUUUAUUUUCCUAUUAAAUAUCAAUAUUAUAACACAAGAGAAAGAAGUGUGAACAAACAAGCAACAGUUUAUGACCAGCGUAUAUAUAGCAAUGGAAAGUUGCAUCUUUGCUGUGAAAACACUUUAAAGAAAAUACUUUUUAAAAAAUCCCACAGCUUUUUGGUUGCCACUAGACGCUUCUUAUUUUAAUCAUUUUAGUAAUGCUCAGCUGGACCAGUGUUAGUUAUAUUUGAGUCAGAAAAAUGUUGUUUUUCAACUUGCUUUAUAAUCUCCUGCAUCUAUCUCCUGCUGUAGCAUCACGAAGGUGUCAGGCAACAGUGAAAAGUGCACAUUUUUGUUGUUGCAGAAACUGUGUCAGAGGAAUAAGUAAAUCAGCCUGCAGCAGAGGACUUUGUUCAGCUCCAGAGGCAUCUGUGACCGUCUGUGUCCAAGUCUCUCUGUGCCUUUUUCUUUUACAAACUGAAGCUGUGGAGCCAAUGAAGUAACAGUAGAGAUUGUAGGGAAAGAAUACCUCAGGAAAAACAAAUCCACUUACAAGAAGACCCUGUUCUUAGAAAAAGUGUUUAGUUAUGGGUUAGCACUAGAAGAGACUUGGCUGUCAGCCAGCCAAGUGAAGGACCUCUCAUCCAUUCCCAUUCAUGUCCCAUCAUAAUCCUGACCCAAAAAGCAAACUCGGUUUUGCUAUCAGUUAGAAAUUACGUUUUGAAUUGUAUAUUGUUACAUCUCUCUUCCAGCUUAGUUUUUAGUGUCUGCAUUUAUCUUCAAAUACCCUAAUUUUAAAACAAAAGAACAAGAAAAGUUUAUAACACCAUGUUCACUAAAACCACGGUUGAAUCUUGGGUGUGGGCAUCCUUUCGAGUGUUGUCCAUAAGAGCAGUUCGUGGAAUUUUGCCCAUCUGACCCAUAUUAUCAGCUUAUUCUGCCACCAGAGUAGAGUCUAAUAAAUUCCAAAGUUUUUAUUUGCUCCAUGGUGUAUGCUCUGACUUUGAAAAUGUCAGAUUCUAUAAUCAUACCCCUAACAUCCAGGAAACAAAUGACCGAUUAUCCUUAAACUGAAAUUGACUCUACAAUGCAACCCUUAAUGCUGAAUGGAUUAAAAGUCAGCCCUUUUAGUAUCUGUUUGAAAGGGCCGUAAAAAGUUGACACUCUUGUUGUUGUGGAUCCUGCGUGUCUAGACCCACGUGUUGUUUCCAUCGUAUACCGUAGGGUGCACCCCUUGGGAUUCAGCAUUAAGAACUGAGGCUCAUUGUUGUCAGAAACAAAGCUCCCACCCCCCAGGUUCAACCUUGUGGGAGAACUGUUGAGCAUGAGAAUGUUCUAGACUCAGAGGUACUAACAUUUGUUACCACAUCAUUGCUUCCUUUCUACAGGACGAAUUGAGGCUUAAACUUUACUGUUAAUGAUACUGGUUCAUUUUAAUGUGCUUGUUGUUAUGUUGCUAUUUUUCAUUUCAUAGCUUUCAAAAAUCAUGCUAAUUGUAUACUUGUCUAGUUUAAGGCUAUUUUAAAAUAUGUACAAUACUAUUCACAGCAUUUAGUUCAUUUAAUUUUUAUUAUAAAGCAAUCUACUAAAAAAGUACAACUGUAUUUGAACUUUUCAAUAGUUGUUUGUGAGCUAUGAUAAUCAAAAGUCAUUAAAGUCUUUUUUAACAAACAUUCGUGCUUACUUUUCAACAUAAUUCCCAGUUAUAUACAGAAAAAGAUUUCCACCUGUCACGUAUCUGCCUCUUUUACCUGAGCAAUGGUGUAGUUCUUAGACCUAAGGUCUGUAAUUGCAAUACUUUUAAAGAAAGAUGUUGCUCUAAGUGCUGUUUGUUAGUUAUGAAAUCAGAUUUUUCUGCUUGUUCUUAAUGCUGUGGUCAAACCAUAGCACAAAAUCAUUAAAAAUAAUCAGCAGCA